AGCGCGCGUCGCUAUCGUCAAGUUCAUGUCGACCCGGCAAUGCACGCUAACAUCAGCUCGAGACGAGUAAACAAAAAUAUCAAGAAGUCGACCACGUAGGAAGGGGGGGAAGGAAGCGACGAACCCGCGGCGCCAUUUCCUGCGUCCCGUCGCGUCUGGCACGUACCGGUCCGCCGCGCUGACGGCCUCCAAAAGCCACCGAAUCUUUGACAAACCCCCGCGCCGUUGGGCCCUUUUUACCGCACCUGCCCCUCCAAGCUUCCCUUUAUAUACGGGCCCUGGCCUCUCCCGUUCCCCCACACCACCACCAAAGCCCACCAAGCCUCAAACGCCCACGUUGGAGCAGUAGCAGCAAAGAGCCGGAGCCCACCAGCCGUCCGAUCGUCCGGCGCAGACAGAUCCGAUGGCCCUCGCUCUCUCCGGCUCCGCUGCUGCCCGCGCGCUCGCCCAGCGGCUGGCCCCGGCCACCACCAGGGGCUACGCGGCGGCGGCCUCCUCCGGGGCGAUGAGGCGCGGCGCCGCAGCGACAGCGGACGGCAAGGCGGCCAGGGAGGCCGAGAAGGCCGCGGCCGACUCCUCGUGGGUGCCCGACCCCGUCACCGGCCACUACCGCCCCGCCAACCGCUCCUCCGGCGCCGACCCCGCCGACCUCCGCGCCGCGCACCUCGGGCAGACCUACGCCCGGGCUUGAAGCCCCCGAUCAGCUCGACCCUCCUGGUCCCGCCAGCCAUGGAAGGAAAACCGCUAUGCUACGUAUAACGACUAAUGAGGGAAGGCAGGGGGCGCUCGAGCGCCGAGCGCCGCGCGGGUUAACGACGCAUCAUCAUCAUCAUCAUCGUCGAUCCUAUUACUACGGGGGGAGAUGCGGCCUGGAUGUUGGGCUGUUUCCCAUUGUGUGUGCGUGCGUGGGUGGGUGGACGGGCUUGGAUGCCCUGCUGUAGUGUUCGUGUGCUCGGAUCAGAUGCAUUUCUCAUCGAUCAAGCAGGGCUUGUACUCCUUUUUAUCGAUUUAUAUGCAGUAAAAUUAAUGGAGGAA